AUGUCCGAACGACACCAGACGCACGUUCCCAUGGCUUCGAGUCGCCCCCCCGCCUUCAACCCAGCCAGAUCCUCUGUUCCCACCGGCGUUGGCUACGGCUCCACGUACGCUGGUGACAUGCAUCUCGCGCCGUCUGCAAGCCACAGACACUACAUCACUCCUCGGGGCUAUUCCAUCUCGACAAAUGCGGCUGGAGUUCCCACCACAACGAGGACCUAUACCGUGACCCACGGCUCAAGAGCAAAGUCCAAAACCCGCGAUGGGAGCAGACCUCGCCGCUCAACUUUGGACUCUCUUUCGAGACCCCCCGUCAUCAUCACCACAACGCAGCUUGAUCGACCCCAUGCUUCGUCCUCGUCUCGUUCUCCCAAUGCCCGCUCCGUCAGCCCUGUCCAAGAUGACUAUCGCGCCUCCGAUGGUCAGGUCUACGCACAGCCUGCUUCAUCUGUCCGCUCACGCAGCGUGGCUCGGCCAUAUCAUCAUCACGCACCAGCCGCUAGUGAGGAUCGUGGCCGAUACCGGGAUCGUUCCGAUGGCCACUUGAGCUCCCGUGAUCUCGAGGCUUAUCGAAGCUCUCGGCCCUCGGUUGUAUACCCAAGCGACCCAAGACAUAGCAUGGCAGCCAUUGAUUAUGGAGACGACGGCUACCAAUAUACCAAUGCUGGCGAGCUUGUCAAGUAUGACCUGGAUCAGUCAAAAUCAAGGUCCGGCCGCUCACCAAGACGGCGCGACAGCAUCGAUGCGGGCUACUACCGUCCCAAUGUGAACUACGAUGCUGAUCGAAGAAACUUCAACGUAAACAUGAGCCACGACCUUAACCGCGUCAGACAAGCAGAAGGCAGAGGGGGGCCUCCGCCGUCAACUCGCGGCUUCGACAAGCUCCAUCGAGGCUACGAUUCCCGGGAUGUGCCUCCCACGGCGCCUGUCCCUCCUUCUCCCACCUCAGCGGGCCCGGCAACCCAGAUCGAGGUACCAGGGAGCUUGGCGCCCAGGCGAGCAAGACCACUCUCCCUACAUCAAGAGGGCGGACUCCGGUCCUUGCAUUACGACGAGUACUAUCGAAGCCGGGAGGAUGAGCGUGCCAUGCGUGAUCGGGACAUGGACAAGGACUACGACCGCCGGCCUGAUGCCGCUUCUCGUUACUACGAUGACGGUGUCACUUCCCGGGGAUUCGGCAUUCGCACGGACUCGCUUGCGGGACCGGUUGAGACUAGAGAUCGACGACACGAUUCAAACGGGGACGAAAAACGCAGAAGAUUUGAUGACGAACUGCUACCCAUCGGAUCAGACAAGGAAAGGGAUGGCAAUCGUCGAAGUCGUCAAGCUGCUGUGAAUGGUGAGCCUGAGAGCCGCCGAGAUCGUUCUCGAAUUUCCGGGUCGCUUGCUAGCAGUCUUGGUGCCCUCGUCAGUGCUGUGGGCCUCGCUCCAACGUCCAAGCAAGACAAGCAGGAUCCGGAAUCCCCCGAUCCAAGGAGACGUCCCAGCCCGCCCGAAGAGCGUGAGAGCGCGCGCGAAGCACGCAAGGAGGAGUUGCGCGGACAGUAUCCCGAUCGGCCGCUUGAAAGGAAACGAGAAGCGGUGCGGGAUAGGGAGCCCAUCAGGGAUCGAGAACCGUUGCCCCUCCGCGACAGCGACAUGACAGCGGCUCGGGAUGUCUUCCGAAAUGGUGAUGGCAGAGACAGAGAGCCACUGCGGGAGCCUCUCCGAGAAAGGGAAAUUGUAAAAGAAAAAGACAGUGCCAGAGACAAGGGACCUGCUCGUGAGCGGGAUUAUGUUCGCGAGAGAGAGCCCGUUAAUGAGCCAGGCAUAGCUUUGACCGAAUCGGAUCGAGUUAGGCCCGCAUCAGAUUUUCGAACGAAUGGUGAGUCUGCAAGACUGCCUGCGUCGGAUCCUGACGACACGCGGGGGUCUUCUCGGCGAAACCGAGCCUCGAAUGCAUUCAAUCCGAACGAUGCCUCCGACUUGAAGCAGCUUAAAGAACAACUAGCCUCUAUGGAUGCUACGGAGAAGCGGCGAGAGAGGGAGCCGGACAAGCAACCUCGAGCUCGAUCGCCAUCUCCUUCUCCUACUCCUGGCAAGGCACCAGCCGCGAAUGGCUCCACACGGAAUUCCUCCCGGGAAGAAAUCCUUGACGACAGUCGUGGUCGUGAGCUUGUAAUUUCGCCCCCCAGGGACAAGGCCGAUGGCAAACCUCUCAAGGGUAUCCUGAAACAACCUAAAGCCAGCUUUCCAGAAGAUGAGAAUCCAGUUCGAGAGGGCGUGGCCCCGCACAAGGAGGAUAAGAAGCUCAAGGAAGUGCCCCCUGGCGCGCGUUGGACCAAGAUUAAUCGAAAGAUUGUAAACCCAGAGGCGUUGACAGUCGGCAAGGAGAGGUUCGAAGUGCGCGAGGACUUUGUCAUUGUGCUACGAGUGUUGAGCAAGGAGGAAAUUCAAGCAUACGCUGCAGCGACGCAAGUUUUGCGAGAACGUCGCCGCCGUAAAAACGACGGAAACAAGGAAAGAGAUGACGAGCGUGACAGGGAGCGUGAGCGACCGGUGGACGACGAUGACGAUGAGGUUGAGAACGGCGAGCGGCGCCACCACCGCCGUCGACGUCGCGAUAGUGACGAGGUGGAUGGAGAGGGGGGAGACAAGGACCGUGAGCGUCAUCGUGAUCGGGAUCACCAUCGCGACCAUGCCCGUGACGACGAUAGACGGAGACUGCAUAGGGGAGAUGAUGGUUUCGACGGGGGUGAUGAUUACGAUGUUAGAUACAAUGCGGAUUCCGACCAUUACCGGCACCACCACCAUCACCACCACCACCACCCACGAUCGUUUAGAGAACGGGAGCGUGAACUCGAUGGCAAGGAGUAG